AAAAUCCGGUCGCUCCUACCACAACAGCACAAUUGCGCACUCGCUUCGAGCUGGCAGACUGUGAAGGCUGCAUUGUACCAAGUCCAAAGAAGAAGAAGAAGAAGAAGAAGAAGAAGAAGAAGAAGAAGAAGAAGAAGAAGAAGAGGAAGACAGCAGAGUACGAAAGGAGGAGAAGCAGACAAGACAAGAUGAAGCGGCAGUCUGCUAGCAUGGUAGCUAUGGUCAUGGUCCUGGUGGCCGUUGGCGUGGUGUUGCUUGCUGUGUACCCGUCCGAGGUCGUGGGCUACGACUGCAAAUGGUACAAAGACCACAACGGGAACACGAUCCGGAGAAUAGACUGCUACGCCAAUCCGGACGCAGCGAGCUUGGAUGGAUGUCAAACAGAGUGCGACAACUACUACGGAUGCAAGGGAGUUGUGUGGAUUCCCAACCAAUACGGAUGGAAGAAUGGCGUUCUCUGCUGCUUCCUCAAGAAGAAGAUUGGCAAACUGCAAAACCAGGCUAACCGUGUCACCUGCAAGAAAUGAACUCAGUCUUCUCAGAGGAGAAGGUCGGCUUAUUAAGAGGAAAAAAAAAAAGAAAAAGAGAGAGAGAGAGAGAGAGAGAGAGAGAGAGAGAGAGAGAGAGAGAGAGAGAGAGAGAGAGAGAGAGGCAUCCCCUGCACGAGAGAGAGAGAGAGAGAGGCAUCCCCUGCACGAGAGAGAGAGAGAGAGAGAGAGAGAGAGAGAGAGAGAGAGAGAGAGAGAGAGAGAGAGAGAGAGAGAGAGAGAGAGAGAGAGAGAGGCAACCCCAUGCACAGGGUUGUUACGUACGGAAUCUACGGAUGAGUCACUAAGAUGAUGGCCUUGGUGUCGCUGCUCUCUGAAGGAUCCGUGAACGUUCUGAAAGUAUUCCUUUUCUAGCAUGAGGUUUAGAGGUUACCGAAUCAUCAAGAGAGUGGAGUGCUUAGACAUGCCGGGCAGUGUACCCUUUGUUUCCUAUUAUGGAAAGAAAUCAAUGCUACCGUAGUAGUGCCGGAACUUGAGAUACAAGACAACCGGAGCUCUUCUUGGCCUAUAGUGGCAUGCCGACCAGGAUUGUCGGCAGCAGUUGGUGACCGUGGUGGUCCCCACCAGUCUAUGCGGCGCCUAGUAAUGUGGGGGGUAGACCGGAAACACAGGGGUCUCCUACUGGGCCCUGGGUGUCAGGCUACCCUUCUCCUUUUCUGGGUUAAUAAGAAAAAAUGAUAAGAAGGUUCUCCUUUCUCCGGCGGUUAUGCUGGAUUCUG